UUUUCUUACGCAUCAUAUUGCGUGUGUAGACCGUAACUCGCUUAUGCAAUCGUCAUGUAAUGGGGCUGGGUUAAAUUCUUGACUCGAUCUUCUCUGUUUCUUGGGCCGUACUUCUUUCCAUAGGAUUUUCUUCUAUAUUUUUUUAGAUUUUUAAACUUACCCAAGUUCAUAAACUUCCCAAAAUAUAAUUUUUUGUUUUUUUUGUUUUUUUUUUUAACGUAAAAAGGUUACAGGAAACUUCUGUACUGUAGCCUGUAGGUACCGGGCAAAGGAUUUUCAAUGUUUCAGGAAGAGAUAUAAAUACCCAAAAAUCUGCUUUACAAUCUCUGGACGGCUCUGGUUUUCGAGAUCAUUUGCAGGUGAAGGAACGCUCCAUUUUGCUCAAUUCUGAAGGAAUUUGUAGAUUUUUGAGUGAUGGGAGGGAGGAAUUCUAAGGAGCCAAGUCGAAGAGAGUUCGAUUCCUAUGGGUAUGACAAUUCUGCAGCGUGGGAUCAAUUCAGUUAUCCUCCACCAUCGCCAUACCCGCAGCAGUAUCCAUAUACGCCAUCCUCUGAUUAUGGGUCACAAACGCCUCAACCACAGAGGAGGCUGGACAGGAAAUAUUCAAGAAUAGCAGACAACUACAGCUCCUUGGAUGAGGUGACUUCUGCUCUUGCGCAAGCUGGUCUCGAGUCAUCUAAUCUCAUUGUGGGAAUCGAUUUCACGAAGAGCAAUGAGUGGACAGGUUCGAGGUCGUUCAAUCGACGUAGUUUACACCACAUUGGGAAUGGGCAGAACCCGUACGAACAGGCCAUAUCUAUAAUUGGACAGACACUAUCGGUUUUCGAUGAGGACAACUUGAUUCCCUGUUUUGGAUUUGGAGAUGCAUCUACUCAUGAUCAAGAUGUUUUUAGCUUUUACGAACAUGACAGGACCUGUAAUGGAUUUGAGGAAGUUUUGCAUCGGUACAGAGAAGUUGUUCCCAACUUACGACUUGCAGGGCCUACAUCUUUUGCACCAAUUGUUGAGAUGGCCACGACAAUAGUUGAGAAAACUGGUGGUCAGUACCAUGUUUUGCUGAUAAUUGCCGAUGGGCAGGUCACAAGAAGCGUUGACACACACCACGGUCAACUAAGUCCACAAGAACGGAAGACAAUCGAUGCUAUUGUAAAGGCUAGUGAGUAUCCCUUGUCGAUAAUCUUGGUCGGAGUCGGAGAUGGGCCUUGGGACAUGAUGAAGGAAUUUGAUGAUAACAUCCCAGCUCGAGCAUUUGAUAAUUUUCAGUUUGUCAAUUUCACUGAGAUCAUGUCAAAAAAUGUAAACCCUUCUAGAAGGCAGACUGAAUUUGCUCUGGCUGCCUUGAUGGAGAUUCCUUCCCAAUACAAGGCGACUCUAGAGCUUGGCCUAUUGGGUCGACAAAGAGGGAGUUCGCCGGAGAGAGUUCCUCUUCCUCCUCCUCUGUAUGGCGCGGCACCUUCUAAUGGCUACUCGAGGACAUCACACUCUAACAGUUUUCAGAGCAGGACACCUGCACAUAGUAGAAAUAACAAAGGAGUUGGCACAGCUCCAUCUUCAAGUUCUCAUUAUGACAACCAGCUUUGCCCCAUUUGUCUCACUAAUCCAAAGGACAUGGCUUUUGGUUGUGGGCAUCAGACAUGUUGUGAUUGCGGAGAAAAUCUCGAGUUGUGCCCCAUCUGCCGCAGCUUUAUUCAGACUAGAAUAAAGCUUUAUUAGAAGUUUUGCCAUGCAGUACCUAAGACUCCUGUAUAUCCUAGUUUUGCACCUUCAAAGCUUCAUUGAAGCUCAUGGUCUUGAAACAACUAGAAGGGGUUGUCUGUAUAUUUGGAGGAUGUUUUCUCAGUCUGCCUCAUCACAGACUAAUUGUCCAGAAUUAUAAACUCAAUAACAUGUAAAGGGUUCGCAAAAGCUUCAGAGAUGGAGAUCGUGUCAAUGUUAUCAUUCAGCUUGUUUUCUUUUUGAGGGUUUUUUUAGUGUGUGUACAUCCUUGUACAUAUUGGUUUAAGUUGUUACAAUUUUCAUUAUUAAGUUCUUACAAUCUUCCAAACCUGUUUAUCAUGAACUAAGCAGAAGUUUUCUCCUUUAUUAAAA